AUGUCCGAGCUCCCCCAAUACAAGAAAGACUUCCUCAAAUCCGCCAUCGACGGCAACAUCCUCAAAUUCGGCUCCUUCCUCCUCAAAUCAGGCCGCACCUCCCCCUACUUCUUCAACGCCGGCGACUUCUACCGCGCCGACCUCCUGAACUCCAUCUCCACCGCCUACGCCCUCACAAUCGACUCCCUCCCCAUCCAGUACGACAUCAUCUUCGGCCCCGCCUACAAGGGCAUCCCCCUCGCCACCGCCGCCACCAUCAAGCUCGGCCAGAUCAACCCCGACAAGUACGCCUCGGUCGAGUACUCGUUCGACCGCAAGGAGGCCAAGGACCACGGCGAGGGCGGCAACAUCGUCGGCGCCCCCUUGAAGGGAAAGAGAGUCCUCAUCGUGGACGAUGUCAUCACCGCUGGCACCGCCAAGAGGGAGGCCAUCGCCAAGAUUGAGAAGGAGGGCGGCAUCGUAGCUGGCAUCGUUGUUGCGUUGGACAGGAUGGAGAAGCUUCCGGCCAAGGAUGGGGAUGAUUCCAAGCCUGGGCCGUCUGCGCUGGGCGAGUUGAAGAAGGAGUACAACCUGCCGAUUUAUGCUAUUCUGACAUUGGAUGAUAUUAUUGAGGGGAUCAAGGGCUUGGUUGGAGAGGAGGAUAUCAAGCGGACUGAGGAGUAUAGGGAGAAGUACAAGGCUACUGACUAA